ACAACACAAAUCUUAUACAAGAUGUAAACCUUAUGUUGUUUCUAGAUGUGAAACAUUCCUAGCCAUUUGAUGCUUCAUAUCAAUUGCCCUGUAAUCAAUGAAUUCUCACUCUCUCUCCCACUGAAGAAUAUAAAUGGAGAUAGUUUAAAACAAUGUGUUACUCCUCUUAUGGCUCUUGAGACAAAUCUCAGAGAAAACCAUUCCUUGCAGCUAAUGCAUUUGCAAGAAAACUAUUUGAAACCCGGCAUGAAAGAUGAGCUUCCUUUUGGGGUUCCUUCCUUGCAAGAUUUUCACCAUAUUGAUCAGUUUCAUCAUGAGAAUGGCUCCUCCAAUCCAAUUUUUGGGAUCCAGACUCCAAAUUUUGGUCCUUUUGAUUUUCAAGUUUAUGAGGGCAAGCCUUUUGCUGAGCAAAAUGGUUGUGGGCAUGCUCACCAUAUGGAGAAUAUCCCAUACCAAGGUUAUAGUAUGAACCUCCAUCAGGGGAAUCAACAGGAUAUGAAUAUGCUGGUUGCAAACCAAAGUUAUUACAUGCCCUUUAACACUCUAGAAACCAAGCCUUUGAAUUUUGUUGCACCAGAUGAAAUGUCCUGCAUAUCCCAAACAGAUUAUCACAGGAGAAUUGGCUUGAAUAAAAACAUGGAAUCUCAAACCACUAGAAGAACCUUUAAAUCUCAGAAGAAGUCCAACAUAGUGAAGGGGCAAUGGACUGUGGAUGAAGAUAGAUUGUUGAUGCAACUGGUUGAACAAUAUGGAGUGAGGAAGUGGUCUCACAUUGCUCAGAAGUUGCCUGGAAGAAUUGGGAAACAGUGCAGAGAACGAUGGCAUAACCAUUUAAGGCCUGACAUUAAGAAGGAUAUAUGGACUGAUGAAGAGGACAAGAUACUGAUCCAAGCUCAUGCAGAGAUAGGAAAUAAGUGGGCAGAAAUGGUGAAAAAAUUGCCAGGAAGAACGGAGAACUCAAUUAAAAACCAUUGGAAUGCAACAAAGAGAAGGCAAUAUUCCAAAAGAAAAUGCCGCUCAAAGUACCCAAGAGGCUCUCUUCUGCAGGAAUAUAUCAAGAGCUUGAACUUGGACCAAAACCCACCAAGAGAUUUUCGAAAAAGAUCUCAUGCUAAUGCUAAGACAAACAUUUCUAACACCAGCAAAUUAGCACCAACUCAGCCUCAGAUUGUAGGUCAGUUAACUUGUUCCACUGAACCCUUGGUGCCAAACUAUGACUUCAAUGAGGUCCAAGAUUUUUCCCUAGAUGAUAACUUGUUUGAAGAGAGUGGUAUUAUUGACUCUCUGCUAGAUGAUAUGCACAAUAUUCCAAGCAUGGAUGAGAAAUUUUUUGAUGGAAAAUUGCAAUGUGCUCCUACACAAUCUUGUAAGGGCAAGCAAGUUGUUAAUCUUGAUGAGUAUCACUUUGAGACAGAGAUGUCAGAGGAGAUGAUGACAUCCACUUCAGGGAUUGAAGUUAAGAAGGAGUUGGAUUUGGUGGAGAUGAUGUCUCUGGUUCAUGAAAGUAUUUAAUCAAGUCAUUGUUCGUUAGCCAUUUUUUACAAGGAGGAUACAUGGAUGCAUGGAACUUGAACUCGAAUCUCAUUGGUUACUACUAUUAUGCCUGAAAUAAAGAAUACUUGAAAUAUUAUAUUUUAUGAUAAAUAAAGGUAACAGAUAAAAGGGUCUUUGAUAUACUCACAUUCAUCUUUCUCUACCAUUUCAUUUUCAUCUGUUUUAUCUUUCUAUUUCUCUAUUCUUUUCCUAUCACAUCAUCUUUCAUAUAUAUCAUUU